AUGCCGAAAAGAAAGCGCGAGACGACUGCCGCCUCUGGGAAACCCCCUCCUCCGGUAAUAAUGAACCCCGCGAAACAAGCCAAGUACUGCCAAAAGCGCCUCGAAGAUGCGCAAAAACCGCUCCUCCAAGCUCUGCGCCAUGCUUCACAGCUCGAGCGCCAGAAGCACAGUCGCAGAAAGAAGGAUGCGAUCAAGAAGGGACAGACAGAGGCAGUAUCCCGCUUGAACGCCGAGUACAACGUUCUCAAGGCGCUGAAUUUGGAGCAGCUGGGCGAUCAGCAUCUGCGCAAAACUUUGUCAAGAGUCAAGAGCUUGAAGGAUGCGGAGCCGCUACAGGAAUAUAUAUCCGGCAUCAGAGAGGGCAGCAAGGAUACCAGUACACUCAAUGUCACGGCAAGGAUGUUCAAGGUGGUGCAGGUCAAGAAGGCUGUGGAUGAGGUUGUCGAGGACCUGAAGCGCAUACUUGGGGUGGACAAAGCCAAGGACAACGAAAAGGCAGAGGAAAAGCACAAGGAAGAGAAGUUGACGGGGAAGGCGCAGAGGACGAAGGGUGCUGAAAAGGACGACGUGGAGAUGAAGGACGCGAGCGACGAGGAGGACGAUCCAUACAUGGCGUUCAGCGCGCGGAUAGCUGCGCCGUCCUCAGGGGAAGAAGAUGACGAGGGCUCGGUAUCUGGCGAUGAGCGACCGCCUAGUAUCGCAGACAGCGAAAGCGAACACGACCCAGACGACGAUCUGGAAGCCGAGAGCGACAGCCAGGACGAAGCGGAGGAAGUCGCACAAUCAGGCGACACCACUGACGACGAAGACGAGAACAACGACACCGUAGCUAUAUCGCGAUCAGUAGCGCCAGCCUCUGACGAGUCCUCCGCCGACUCAGAUGCGGAUUCUGACUCCGAUGAAGCCGUCAUACCCACAAAAAAGCCCAAAACCAAAGCCGCCCUCGAAAAGCCCACCUCCUCCGCUUUCCUCCCCGCCCUCAGCCACGCCGCCUACUUCUCCGGCUCCGAAUCCGAAGCCUCGGACCUCGACGCAGACAACGCACCGCGCAAGAACCGACGCGGCCAACGCGCGCGCCAAAAGAUCGCCGAAGCGAAAUUCGGUGCCAAAGCCAAACACCUCGAGAAACAACAGCAGAAUGUGAAAUUCGACCCGAAACGAGGCGCCGUUGCUGGAGACGACAAGCGACAAAGACGGGGUAAGCCGAUGGGUGGUCGGGGUGUGCAGCAGAGUGGAAGCAAUGCGGAGCCGUUGGGGAAGAAGGAUGAUAAGAAGGAUAGGAAGAUGGGGCUGGGUGUUAAGAGGGAUGAUAAGGGUGAGUUGCAUCCUAGUUGGCAGGCGGCGAAGUUGGCGAAGGAAAGUAAGAAGUUGAAGAUCGAUCUUGGGGGUAAGGGGCCUGCGCAGGGGAAGAAGGUGGUUUUUGAUUAG